CGGCGACGCAGGCGCGGCUCACUAGAGUGGCGCGAGCGCACCAGGCAGCUCGCUUUUGUAUUGAAUUGACCUUAUUUACUCAAUCUGAACUUGAACGAGAGGUCGAUAAACCCUCGCGUUAGGCCGACACUCCCUUUACGACGCUCAAACAACAGAGGUGCCCAUAUCUAGUGUUUAGUUUUAAAUUGUUCCUAUGGAAUACAAACAUCAGCUGUGAACAUGGUGGAAGUCAAAAUAAACGAGGAUAUCAAAAUAGGCGGCAACAAUCCGUGUUUUAUAAUCGCGGAAGUUGGACAAAACCACCAAGGUGACAUUGAAAUCGCGAAAAAGUUGAUAAAAGCGGCUAAGGAUGCCGGUGCAAAUUGUGUGAAAUUCCAAAAAACAUGUCUAAAAGAAAAGUUUACCAAGAAAUACCUAGAAAGGCCAUAUGAGAACCCAAAUUCUUGGGGGAAAACUUAUGGAGAUCACAAAACACAUUUAGAAUUUACGGAAUCUCAGUUCAGAGAAUUACUGAAAUAUGCCAAAGAAGUCGGGAUCCCUUUAGCUGCAUCUGCAAUGGAUAUGGUAUCGUUCGACUUUCUAGUAAACAACAAAGCACCAUUUAUCAAAAUAGGGUCAGGCGACUCGAACAAUCCCCUGUUCCUGAAGUACGCAGCGUCUAAGAACGUCCCACUGAUCAUAUCUACGGGUAUGGUCGACAAAAAGGCUGUCAAAUCUAUAUACGACAUACUAUCAAAACAUCACAAACAGUUCUGCCUUCUGCAUUGCGUGUCGGCGUACCCCGUGCCUUACGAAGACUGCAAUUUGAAUGUGCUGCAAGACUACAAGCAGUCCUUCGAUGUUCCCAUUGGAUACUCGGGUCACGAGGUCGGAACACCCGUGGCUCUUGCUGCUGUCGCUUUGGGCGCGAAGGUGUUAGAGAAGCACAUAACAUUGGACAGAAGCAUGAAAGGCACAGACCACGUCUGCUCCCUGACACCGUCGGAGUUCCAGGCGCUCGUUCGAGACAUUCGCAUCAUAGAGACCGCCCUUGGGACACCCAUGAAGAAAGUCGUUACAUCAGAAAUUCCCUGCAUCGAAAAAAUUCAAAAAUCACUUGUGAUGGGCAGCACAAAGAACAAGGGUGAGAUACUCUACCCUGGUGACGUAAAGAUCAAAGUUGCGGAGCCCAAGGGCCUAAACGCCCUGCACUUCGAGGAAGUUAUAUACAAAACACUUAUUUAUGACAAGAAAGAAGAUGAACCAUUACAUGAAGGGGACUUCUGCUAAUUACAAAUAAAACCAAGUAUUUCGAGUCGAAAUGAUAUCGAACCAAUCUUAUGUGUCAAAUAGUUACAGCCUAUUCUAUGUUUAUUUCUGUACUAUAAAAGUGAUAAAGGAUUUUAUUUACUUGGAAUAUUUCUUACAUUGUAUGCUACUGUGUAUCCAUCUUUUUACCUAUUGUAUACUAC